UCUUUUGAAAGCAGCGAUGACGGGGAGAACCGGGUCCGUGGUCCUGGUCCUCAGUCUGGUUCUUCUGCUCCCGACAGCUGCAGGGCCAAUAGGAGAGCCUGCUGACCCACAAUGCUCUCUAGAAGUCCACCCUGGUUGGAACGUGACUCUACGGAUUUUGAUACUCCAAAAAUUUGUGUGCAAAGACUCGACUUUUCAUUUGAUGGAUGAGGAAUUCAGGGAUGUGUGGGUGUUCCGUGAUGGAGUGGAAGACCUUGGCAGCCGGCACGAGGAGUUCAAAGGAAACGUUUUUCCCGAAGAUCCGUGUUCAGGGAACUUCUCAGUAAAGAUCAAAGUAAAUACUACUGAGAGUAGAACAUACACCUUCACUUUUAAUGGAGGCAAGAUUAUCAGCUGUUCCACAAGCCACACUGCUCAAGUCCAUAACACACGACCCAGUCAGCCAGAUGGUGACGGCACUCGAGCAACUCCCCCAAAUAUCAAAAAAGACAUCGUUCUGCGCAGGGGGGAUCCAAAAGGCGACGGCAUCCUCAUCGCUGGCAUCGUCAUCGCUGUCAUCGUCAUCGCUAAGGUGAUCUGGCCUCGCUGCAAGAAAAAGCCACAGGAGGCCACAGAGGAGGAGAUGGAGGAGCUGCAAGGGAGCCCAAAUCCACAAGGGAGCCCAAAUCCACAAGAGAGCCCAAAUCCACAAGAGAGCCCAAAUUCACAAGAGAGCCCAAAUCCACAAGAGAGCCCAAAUUCACAAGGGAACCCAAAUCCACAAGAGAGCCCAAAUUCACAAGGGAACCCAAAUCCACAAGGGAGCCCAAAUCCACAAGGGAGCCCAAAUCCACAAGGGAGCCCAAAUCCACAAGAGAGCCCAAAUUCACAAGGGAACCCAAAUCCACAAGAGAGCCCAAAUUCACAAGGGAACCCAAAUCCACAAGAGAGCCCAAAUUCACAAGGGAACCCAAAUCCACAAGGGAGCCCAAAUCCACAAGGGAGCCCAAAUCCACAAGGGAGCCCAAAUCCACAAGAGAGCCCAAAUUCACAAGGGAACCCAAAUCCACAAGAUAGCCCAAAUUCACAAGGGAACCCAAAUCCACAAGGGAGCCCAAAUCCACAAGGGAGCCCAAAUCCACAAGGGAGCCCAAAUCCACAAGAGAGCCCAAAUUCACAAGGGAACCCAAAUCCACAAGGGAGCCCAAAUUCACAAGAGAGCCCAAAUUCACCUCAGACGCUGUGACGGGCCCAAGGGAAGUUACAUGCAGCCGACGAUAUCGCAACAGCAACUGAGCAGCACACCCCACCAAAUAGACUGGUCUGGGGAAGCGGACUCUACCAUGUUCCCACAGACAGAGGGGUGUCCUCAACAGCAGUCUAUCCAUACACUGAGGAUCUGGCUCUUGACCCAUAGAGUCCUCACCAUGUUGUCUGUCGUCAUUUAAGUUCUAGCCAAAUACAUUUUUGGCGACUAUGGCGCAAAUAUGUGGAACUUAUUUACUUAUUCUUAUUUGGCACAUUGUCCUGAUUUUAUUCCCCAUCUUAAAACUUUAUAUAUAUAUUUUUAGGUGAAAAAAAUCCAUAUUUGUUCCACCUUUACCUGCUCUCCCAGUUCUAUGUGUACCCUGGUCCUUCACUUUACAAUCUGUACACAUACAACAUCCUCUGACCCUCGCAUCGGUUCAGGACCCCCCCUCCCACCCAAUGGUGUAUAGAACACAAAACAUGUGCUAAAAGAACCGUUUAGGGGCAUUAAUUGGCAGAAGUGGCACAUAUUAAUAUGAAGGGUUCUGCAAAAUGACAUCUUAGUGCUUUCUUCAGCACAUUUACCUGUAAGUGUAAUAAACCAUAAGGAUGUCUG